AAAAAUUUAAAAGAUAAUGAUAUAGUUGAAACAUUUGUAAUUGGUGGACAUGAUGAUAAAAGUAAAAUUUUACAAUUGAGUUAUAAAAAUAGUGAUGAUUAUCAAGUAAUGUGGAAUUUUUUAUUAAAUAUUUCUAAAAGGGAAGAAUAUAAAGGAAAAUGUAUUGUUGUUGUUUGUAAAAAUAUACUAUUUCGAUUAAUGGUAAAAUAUGGUUUAUAUUGUUGGAUCGAAGCAAAAUUUAAAAAGAAUAAUGAUAUUUUAGAUGUUAAAAAAGAUAAUAUCAAAGAGCUUGAGAAUAUUAAAUAUUAUGAUAUUGUUUUAAAAAUAGUUGAGAAUAUGGAAAAGAAUGAUAUUAU